AUGUCUUCCUCGGUCAUCAACGCAGCUGGCGGUGGCGCCUCUGAGGCAGCUUCAGUGAAAGCUCCAGAAGACCAAGACUUCUACGAGGUCAAACAUACCCAGAAAGGCUACGGAGCAUAUGCCUUGAAGCCGAUCAAACGCGGCACGCGCAUCCUCGCCGAACACCCACUCCUCCGGAUCAACCACAGGGCCUACUUCAAGGCCGACGUCGAAGCCGCUUUCGCAAAGCUCUCACCAGAAGACCAAAAGCGCUACUUCGAGCUGCACUCUGCGCACGGCCAGAAUCCGGCACACUUGCCCCAGGGUGUUGAUGCAUCGCUCCCCGCGAAAGAGCGCCAGCGCAUCGCAGAAGAGCAUGAAGCUCGAAUUUCGAAGGAAGCCAGCGUAGCUUCUAUCUUCCGGACCAAUUGCAUGGACAUCACCAAGGGAGCAGCGGUCUUCUACCAUAACGCGCGCUUCAACCACUCGUGCAACUCCAAUGCGUAUUUCUUCUGGAACGAGAAAAUUGACAUGGAGACGAUCCAUGCGAUUAAGGAUAUCGAGGCGGGAGAUGAGAUUACGCUUUGCUACAUCGACCCGUACCAGGACCAGGCGAGGCGUCGGUGGGAGUUCCAGCAUUGGGGGUUUGCGUGCGACUGCCCUGCUUGUGGCGACAUAUCCAUUCCAGACUCUUUCGCCUCUAAGAGCGCAGACAAUAGGUACCGGCUGAAUGAGCUUGAGGAGAUGACAUCUGCGUUCCGGUUUAGCCCGGAGAUAAUGCUGUCGAACUCCAGGAUGGUGGCGGACAUGCUUGAGAUGGCGAAGUUGCACCUAGUUGAGGGGUUCUACAACCACGCGCUGGCAAAGAUAUACCGCGAUAUUGGACUCAUGUGCGAAGCCAGGAACGACUUGAAGCACGCAGCGGCAGCUAUCUCCAAAGGUUCUGAAGUAGUAGAGAUUUGCUGUGGGACUGACGGCAAGGAAUGGGUGGAAAUUCGUGAUAUGGCGGUUCGACUGGACAUGGAAGCUACAGCGCUCAACGGCGGAGUGACCGAACCCAAGCUGAGCUCGAAGUUGAGUAGCUGAGGAUGGAAUGGAGAAGCUGAGGAUCUAAGAGCGUGAAUGGCUCUAGGGUUGAGAUGGUUACGACGGCUUCUAGUCAGGGACCGAGGACGGCUUCUUGAAGGACGAGGUCGCAGACUGCAUCAGAAAAGGUUCUUCCCCUUGAAUUCCUUCGAGUAAUAUCGAAUUAGGACUCUAACACAUAAUCAUGAAAGACACUACCCACGGCGUACUGACGCCUAUUGGAGAUGUCGGAAGUGACACGAAUACGCUACCUGAGCGGCUGUAACAGCCGUCGACACUAGAUAUCUAAUGAAGGUCAGAAAGGAACUGUAUGAUGGCCGUGUGUAGUCUCAAUUUGAUGCUCAGGGCCGGUGGGUGAAACCAGAG